UACUCGAAUCCUAAACUUUAGUUGAAAGCCUAAGACACAACUCACCUUGGCCUGUUGGUUAAGAGCUUAUGCUUCCAACUAAAAGAUCUUAGGUUCGAGUCUUUGUGAAUAAAUUUGCUUUAAAUGACCUAAAUGUCCCACAAAAAAGUUGAAAGCCUAAGCUUUAAACUAAUAGGUUAGUUUCUUUUAUGAUUAUAGUCACUUGCACGGUAGUCCGGUGGCCGUGAUAAGCCGUUAAAUCUAACGGCCCACACGUGUGGGCGUGUGGUUGUACAAACAAGGGAGAAGGAAUGCAACAUCCGCGCCAGCUCGUAUUUUCCCACCUGGACGGGUUCCCGUCCGCCUUCAUCCCUUCCUCAUCAGCUCUCGCCUCCUUUUUUUAGCCCCAUCGAAGAGAGAAAAACGAAAGGAGGGAUCUCUCUCUUUCUCUCAAACUCUUCCAACUCUCUUACUUUUCUUAUCCUCCCUCUUCUGUCAGCGAUAUCGUUACACGGACAAAUGGAAAGAGUGAUUCGAUCGAAUAGAAGAAGCUCAGUAGGAGAUAAGAAGGAACUCUUCCAUGUAAUCCACAAAGUUCCCGCCGGAGAUACCCCUUACGUUAGGGCAAAGCAUCUCCAGCUAGUGGAGAAGGAUCAUGAUUCUGCAAUAGUUUGGUUUUGGAAAGCAAUCAAUUGCGGCGACAGGAUGGACAGCGCGCUCAAGGACAUGGCGGUGAUCAUGAAGCAGCAAGGCCGCGCCGAGGAGGCCAUUGAGGCCAUCAGAUCCUUCAGGCACCUCUGCUCCAAGCAAGCCCAGGAGUCCCUUGACAAUCUGCUCAUAGAUCUCUACAAGAAAUGCGGAAUGUUCGAGGAUCAGAUUGAACUCCUGAAGCAGAAGCUCAGGAUGAUAUACCUAGGGGAAGCCUUCAAUGGAAAAACUACAAAGACCGCUCGCUCCCAUGGCAAGAAGUUCCAGGUCUCUAUCAAGCAAGAAACUGCCCGUGUCCUGGCAAAUUUGGGAUGGGCAUACAUGCAACAAAACUGCUUUGCAGCAGCAGAAUUGGUAUACAGGAAGGCUCAAACAAUCCAGCCUGAUGCCAACAAAGCCUGCAACCUUGGUGUUUGCCUGAUCAGGCAGGGAAAUUUGCAUGAUGCUCGAACCAUUCUAUCGGACGUCGUUAACCAUAGAUUUUUAGACGGCGAAGAGAGCAAGGCGGUGAGCCGGGCUAUAGAGUUGCUGCGCGAGAUUGAGUCGCAGCCAUCGAUAUCGCCUAUGGAUAUUGGUUUGAACAUAGAGGAAGCCAUCAAUGACUGGUCUCCUUUGAGAUCCAAAAGGUUGCCUAUCUUUGAGGAGAUAUCUACAUACAGAGAUCAGAUAGCUUGCUAGGACCAGUCAUCUCUUUGACUGGCCUUUGUAAAUUUCUUAACAUCGUAUAAAAUGCAUAUAUUUUUGUGGGGUUUGGUUAGGUCAUUGUAGGACUCUUAGUACUUAGUAGUUUCUCUAUGCCUUUCCUGGACUACUGAUGCAUAAAAAAUAAGAAUAAGGUGGCUAGAAGGGAGAGAGGGUUUAGAAUUAGGGAUGAUAUCUAUGUGAUUUGGAAUCAUGAGAAAAUGAAAGCCAUCAAAUCCUAAGUUGUGGGGGGUUCAUAUAAUUGUAAGUUUUGUUCUUAUUGUAACUUAAGAAA